GGUCAAUGGAACGUUCUCGGAAAUCAAGGACCGAAUGUUUUCCCACCUGCCCUCCCUGCAGCUACUAUUGCUGAAUUCUAACUCAUUCACGGUCAUCCGGGAUGACGCGUUCGCUGGACUUUUUCAUCUUGAAUACCUGUUCAUCGAAGGGAACAAAAUAGAAACCAUUUCAAGAAAUGCCUUUCGUGGCCUCCGUGACCUGACUCACCUUUCUUUGGCCAAUAACCACAUAAAAGCACUACCCAGGGAUGUCUUCAGCGAUUUAGACUCUCUGAUUGAACUAGACUUAAGGGGUAAUAAAUUUGAAUGUGACUGCAAAGCCAAGUGGCUGUAUCUGUGGUUGAAGAUGACAAAUUCCACUGUUUCCGAUGUGCUGUGUAUCGGUCCACCAGAGUAUCAGGAAAAGAAGCUAAAUGAUGUGACCAGUUUUGACUACGAGUGCACAACUACGGAUUUUGUUGUUCACCAAACGUUGCCCUACCAGUCGGUCUCGGUAGAUACGUUCAACUCCAAGAACGACGUGUACGUGGCCAUCGCGCAGCCCAGCAUGGAGAACUGCAUGGUGCUGGAGUGGGACCACAUUGAAAUGAACUUCCGGAGCUACGACAACAUCACAGGUCAGUCCAUCGUGGGCUGUAAGGCCAUCCUCAUCGAUGACCAGGUCUUUGUGGUGGUGGCCCAGCUCUUCGGUGGCUCUCACAUUUACAAAUACGACGAGAGCUGGACCAAGUUCGUCAAAUUCCAAGACAUAGAAGUGUCUCGCAUCUCCAAGCCCAAUGACAUCGAGCUGUUUCAGAUCGAGGACGAGACGUUCUUCGUCAUCGCGGACAGCUCUAAAGCCGGGCUGUCGACAGUGUACAAGUGGAAUAGCAAAGGAUUCUACUCUUACCAGUCUCUGCACGAGUGGUUCAGGGAUACAGACGCCGAAUUUGUGGAUAUCGAUGGGAAGUCGCAUCUCAUCCUGUCCAGCCGCUCCCAAGUCCCCAUCAUCCUCCAGUGGAAUAAAAGCUCUAAGAAGUUCGUCCCCCACGGCGACAUCCCCAACAUGGAGGAUGUGCUGGCUGUGAAGAGUUUCCGCAUGCAGAACACCCUCUACCUCUCCCUCACCCGCUUCAUCGGGGACUCCAGGGUCAUGAGGUGGAACAACAAGCAGUUCGUGGAGAUCCAGGCUCUUCCGUCCCGGGGCGCCAUGACCCUGCAGCCCUUUUCUUUCAAGGAUAAUCACUACCUGGCCCUGGGAAGUGAUUACACCUUCUCCCAGAUAUACCAGUGGGAUAAAGAGAAGCAGCUGUUCAAAAAGUUUAAGGAGAUCUACGUGCAGGCGCCUCGUUCGUUCACCGCCGUCUCCACCGACAGGAGAGAUUUCUUUUUCGCAUCCAGUUUCAAAGGGAAAACAAAGAUUUUUGAACAUAUCAUUGUUGACUUAAGUUUGUGAAUUUUAAAGACAUGUAGCAUUAGCUCUCACGAGAGAGGACCCAGAAGAAAAAUAUACAGAUACAUAAAAGCCAGGCACAGAGCUCUGAAAUUUACAAUGCAUUGGGGAAAUAGUUAGAAGUUUUCAAACUUUAGAACUCACAUUUUAAUCAGGGAUUGCAUUUAUUGGCUAACUGCAUGACGUGCCCAUUCUGCCAUUUAAGGAGACAUCUUACAGCCUGUACCUUCUGAGAAAAGAGUAUGGCAUUUACCCUUUACCGUCUAGAAAAGUAAUAUGCUUUUUUUUUUCCUUUUUAAUGAGGAGGGAGAAAAUUGGAUAAGAUGGGACCACUCUUAUAAUGAAAUAAAACCAACUGUGGGCCCUUCUUACUCCAUUUUAGUGAUCUUUUUGGUAAGAGCGCUAAAAGCCCAAGUCAGCUGAAAAGAUUCACUGAUGAUUAGUUUAAAAAUCUUCUAACACUCAGCAGUGCUAUUUUGAUCCCUCUCGGUUUCCUGAGAGUAAUGCCCAGCCCUCCCGAAUCCUCCUUCCUGGCAGACCUUGUCUGUUUCAUAGGCUCAUGAGGGUUGCUUGGCAUGGGCAUGUUAGUUAACAGUGUAGUGUUUGACAUUGCUUCCUCUGCCACAAAGAAAAUGUUCUGGUGACACAUGUGUAGGCCCUGCACAGGCUAUAGGCUAGGAGUGAGACAAAGGAGCUUUUCCCUGUUUCUUGCAGUUCAAAGCUGACCCUCGUGGUGGCCAGAGCAAUAAUGCUUGUUUGAUGCUCUUCAUGCUUCAGCGAACCCAUCCUUUGAGCUUGUGGGUAGCCUGCAGACAGGCCAAAGACUGAAUGGUGCUUUUCAUUUCGCCUUUUAGUGGGAUGAAACAGGUAUUUCCAUCUGAUGAGUGUUUGGUAGCAUUUUUGAAGUGAGAUUUUAUGGAGUCAGAGGGGACUUUACACAGAUCUGGAUGCUCUUUGAAACCUAGAGGUGGCCCUUUGAUUUGUGUAUGUCCUUGCCCUCUGGACAACUUUAUAUUUCAAGUAAUUGAAUGCCAAUUUACCUACCUGCCCACCUGCCUUCCUCUCUACUCAUGUAGCAGUCCUGGUUUGCUGAGUUGCUGAUAUUGCUACUG